CGCAAAAGCUCGAUUGCGUGCUCAAAAUGGUCAACUGGAAAGCGGCUUAUAUUGGUUACUAUUGAUCAUUUAUCAGCCCGCUUUACACUGUAGAGUGAUGCUUUGUAAGAUUUUGAAAUAAAUAAAUGGCAUAAAUUAGUGUUCAGUGUAAACUGGAGGUCAUUUUGACUCUGUCAUUCUCCCAGAGUUUAGAACUGGAAAGUUCAGAGUCGAUCCGGAACCCAUUCUAUAAUUCUAAAGGCGGUUACACACGGGCGUGGAUGUCUUAAAACAUGUACGCACAUACAUGAACGCACAACCAAAAACAUCAAUGUGUAUGUAAAAUACCGUCGCGUUUUUGAAUGUGGAAUCGCUAGAAAUUUUGUAUGCACACUCGGAUUACUGUAGCAAGAAUAGCAAGACUGCAGUUUUGUGCGAGCGUCUGUACAAACGCGACAUGCACGUUGUUGUUUGCACGUUGAUGUAUGCACGUAUAUAGGUUUUUUACGUUAUAUUUAGGAUGACGUCAGAGAACAAGGAAUGACAAUGUUGUCAAUGCCUAUUUAAUUUCUUAUAAUUUACCAGAAUGUCAUAAUGAAUUAUCAAAACCACUGACAGGUAAAGAUAACGAAAUGCAUCGACACGAGUUAUUUAUUAGAAAAUGUUCAGUUAAAUCAUGCAACAUCGCGCGCCGUUGCCAACCAGAAACAUCUGAAAUUCCCCUACUUUAAAUGCGCUAGGAAGUACUUUUAGUUUUGUCAGAUUUGCAGCAGAAAUUUACUAAAUGUGACGUCAUCCUAAAUAUAGCGUGAAAAUCCUAUAUGUAUUAAGCCAUCCACGCCCGUGUGUAACCGCCUUAAUACACACCACCAAUAUGUCGCUUUUUUGAAUGUCGCUAAAAUGAGACUGUUAUUUUGAGUAUCGGGGUUUUCAAUAUCACCGAUAUUCUUGAACCAGGGCAUAGAGAAAUAUAAUAGUAGUAAACUAUGAGAGAAGUCAUUCCCCUGUACUUAAUUGGCACAAUGUCGACGUUAGCGCCUCUGGUGGCUACGGACAGCAAUAAAAGAGUGAACAUUGUUUAAAUGCAGGUUUCUUCUUUACCGACAGUGAAAAGGCGGCUUUUUUGAAUAAUUAAAUUAUUAACUUUGAUUUUAUUUAAGAUUUAUUAAAAAUAAAGUACUGUAAACGCUCAAAACAGUUAAUUGCAAAGCAAAACAUUUGUUGAAAAAACUUGCUAAAAUUUACCGAGCAACUGUUAAGAACGAUAACAGAACUUAUUUUUAAAAAAUCCAAAUAGAUGCAAUGAGAUUCCUUAAGGGGGUCAAGGAGGUAAUUGAACAAUACAAAAAUUGAGAUCUCUUCAAACAAACUUAUUUUUUUAUUCCAAUUUUAUAAAUAUACAGUAACUAAAAAUGUUUAUAUUAUAAGCUUUGUGUUUACCUUUUUACUGCAUCUCGCGUCAUCGCAAAUUCGAAAACACACUAUUAUUGGUGUCGGUUUUGUCUCAUUAAUUAAUAUUUAUGAUCACAGAAUGUUUUCUCAUUUCUCUAAUAUAAAUAAAAAAAGAAAAGAAUCAAGUGGUCAUUUGACAGUACAGAGUUGAAUUUGCUUCGGGCCAACUCAAAUUCGUUUCUAGAAUCGAAUAUUGUUUGUGAAAGUUUGAGAAAUAAAGAAAUCGCGAGAAGUAUCAUCAGUUGACGGUCGCGAAUCAAGACGUUUAAGAUAUAAUGAAUAAUAGACCCAGGAGAUUUUGUAUUUAGUAUUUAAUCGUUUAUUGCAAUGACUCAAUGCCUGAUGAAAAGUAAAAUGAUUAUGGAACUAAGUAUGGAACAUUAUUGCAAUUUUGAUUGCUGAGUUUGAGCGAAAAGACUAUUGAAUAUUUUUUCCAAGAGUAUAGUUAGGGAAAUAUAAAACAUGACUAUUGUCAAUUAUCAUUAAUAUAAAGAGUUUUGAAAUGAAAUUGACUGUUGUUUACUGUUGAAUGUUUUGGGCUCAUCUGACUCUCUGACUAAAAAGAUUUAGCUAAAAUGUAUAAUGAAUGAUCAUUAAAUAUUAUUGUUCUGUCUAGUUCUAGUUAAAUGAUUUUAAAUUAAAUAUUUGUAUAAUUUUGGACAACAAACGAAUUUAUUAAAAAAUUACAAUAAAUGUUACUACUUUGCUAAUUACUAUACUGGGUGUCCGGAAAAUAACGUAAAAGCUCUUCACUACAUGGUGGAGGACCCUUCAAGGAACCCCAGAAAAAUAAUUUAAAAAAUCUGGUGGCAUUCUUAAGAAAGUUAUUAGCAUUUUAAUGUUGCUUAAAAUUGGCAAUGCUGAAAAUAUCCCAUUGACAAUUUGUCACAGAAUCACAUUAAAUACCUAUGUAAUUACCUGAAAAAUGCGAAGGUGACUAAAAAAUGUUGUCAGAUCAAUUUUUCCUGUUGUAAUUUAGAGAUUUUGCAAUUUUCAUAAUACAUUUUAAAGGUUAACAACAAAUUUUUAUAAACUAUUAUGUAAUGAAUCAACAAAAGAUACCUAACACUUUGUACGAAAUAUUGCAAUUUGAAAAAUAAGUCAAAAAUAAGGAAGUUGAAUUUCCACAUUUACCUCUCCAUAUUUCCAAGAAUGGUCGAGGAGGAUUUUUUUUUAUUAUUUUUUCAGGGUUACUCAAAGGAUCCCCUAUUACGUUAUGGAGACCUUUUACGCUAUUUUCCGGACACCCUGUAUAUGUAACUAUGAACAAUCAAAACUGGCAUAAAAUGAUUCACAAGCGUUUGCCGUACAAGUGUGAUGGUCAAACUCUCGUUGAAAAGACUUUACCUAUCCCACUAAGCAAUGUAAUAUCGCAUUAAUAUUUUAGUAAUGUUUCUAGAUAAUAUUGUAAUAUUUCAUUUUUUAUUGCUGCUACAUAAGUGCAAGGUUGCUGGAAUAACUGAAACGGACUUAUUCUAAUAUUCACAAAUGCAAUGUUUACAGAAUAAACUUUUCUGCAAUAUCGCCUCAAACUUGUAUUUUCAUAAAAAAUAAAUUACGUUUGUAACAUUAAAAAUGCUAGCUUACAGAAACCUGCAUUUAAUGUAGUUUAUAAACUUAGAUAAAUAUUACAGUUGCAAUAUUUUAUUGGUACUUUACAGAAAUUUACAUAAUGAAAUAUUGUAUAUAUGAUAAAUAUUUAAUAUAUCGUAAGGAUUUGCAUUAAUGCAAGAUCCUUUAUUUUCAAAUUUCCUUUUCUGCCAGUCCAACUACAGACCGGGCACAAUGGUUAGUUAAUAAACUUCCAAUUUCCAAUUGAUCUUAUCACACAUGCCUCGAUUUCUCCAACAUAGGUAUUGUGAAAAAGCCACCUAAAAUUAAAAAUUAAACAGUAUUAAAAUAUCACAAAAAAUUAAAAUGUUAAAAUUUUACAUUGGCUUUAUAUUCUCUUCCUCUCCCAACAUCUCAAGAUUUUGAUGAACCCUUUCGUCCUGUUCAAUUCUCUUGUAUUAUUUAUCAAGCCAAGAAAAAAGAAGCGUCGUCUGCGUCCUCCGUCCUAGCGUCUUGGUUUUUGGUGGCGUGGCGUCAACAACAAAUGGGUGGUGCGUCUGCGCCGUUCCGUCCCAAACAAUUAUCCCGUCUUUGUCAGUCAAAUAUAUUUUUGCAUGACAGAGACAAAGACAGCAUAUUGCAAAUAAAAUCUAUCUGCAAGUUUUAUACAACAUUGAGAAAAUGUAUGUUUCCUAUUCCAAAGUUUAUGUUGAAAUAUUUAGGUAACGUUUUUUAUUCUUGAAACUGUUAACGUACGCAUGUAUCUGCAACAUUACAGCGACAGUUUUAAGAAAAGUUGAGCUUAUAAUAUUUAUGCAACCAUUUUAUUAUAUUUUUUAAUGUUACAAACGUAAAUAUUUCCGCAACAUUAAAGCGACAGAGUUGAAAAAAGUUACAUUUUGUAACAUUCUUAUAAUAUUUGCUUUACUUACAUUUUAUAAUGUUUCAAAUGUAAUACAUUAUUGUAGUAAUACAUUAUUGUAUCUACUGCAACAUUUACUUAAUAUCUAAAACGAAUGUUUCUCUAUUUAAGUUAUAUCAAAUUUAUAUUCCUUUACAUUGGAUAAGUAAUAUUGUAGAAAGCUUAUCGUCACAUCACCCAAUAAAUUUUCUGAAGCAAGGUCGAUACAAUAUUGCUGACAAAUUUUGCAACAUUACAUGUUUAGUGGGAUGUUUCCUAUUCAUAUAUCAUCAUAUCCAAUGGAAACAAAAUAUUAUAUGUAUUGCACACUUUCCCGAACAACUACAUUCAAUGCCAUUUCAAUACUGCAACUGUUGGUGUUGGAUUCAAAUGGUGUUCAACUCCAAUUCGUGAACGAAAAUCGAUACGUGAGAACACGCCUUAAUCACCGAAUGGAAUGAUAAAGAGAUUCCGCAAUCAAAGUUACUACCUAUUAUGUAAACGAUCACCAUGCGAUUUGGGGAGGAUGAAGAGAAUAUCUAUUUUCACACACACAGAAUAUCUAUUUUCACAAACGAAAGUAGGGACACUAAAAUUUCAGCAGAAGAAGCUCAGUCAGACGAGGAUUCUGAUGGCCAUGUUACAAAUCAUAGAGUACGUGUAUCUAAAUUUACGUAAGUACGAAAUUCUAAUGCAAAAUUAAUACCAAAAAUAUCUGAAUAUGAUAAAAAUGAACCGGUAUAUUACGUGUCAUAUUGACAGAAGUCAAUUCAAGUUUGUAAAAUUUCCAGUUAUCAAAAAAAAAUAUGAAAUUUUUUGUAAAAUGACCGACGAUAUCAAAAUAUUAUGUCUUCCCCUGCUAGUGGUUCUGAUAAGCCAACAACUUCUAAUGCUGCUAAUGCCGUUCAAGCCAAUUCUGAAAAGAAAGUUAGCGUUUUAGAGAGUCACGGAUAUACUCUUCAAAAAACUAUCGGGACCGGAUCUUAUGCAACUGUGCGCUGGGCGACUAGCGAAAAACAUGAUUCUGCUAAAGUUGCAGUAAAAAUAGUGAGCAAAUUCAAUGCGCCAGCAGACUAUUUGAAAAAAUUUCUACCGAGGGAAAUUGAGGUUGUCAAAGGGCUGAAACAUCCUAACUUGAUACGGUUUUUGCAAGCUAUUGAAACUACGCAUAGGGUCUACAUCAUCAUGGAAUUUGCAGAAAACGGCAGUCUCCUCGACAUAAUCAGAAAAGAUUCGUACAUUGACGAACAUAGAUCCAGAAAAUGGUUUCGACAACUCGUUUACGGUAUUGAAUAUUGUCAUGAUCGUGGAGUAGUUCACCGAGACAUAAAAUGCGAAAACAUGCUAAUGGACGAAGGAUGGAACAUUAAACUGUCCGAUUUUGGUUUCGCCAGAGGCGAUAUGAAACAGAAAAACGGACAGCCAAUUUUGAGUCAAACUUUUUGCGGAAGCUACGCAUAUGCUUCACCUGAAGUGUUACGUGGAAUACCAUACCAACCGCAAUAUUCAGAUGUGUGGUCUAUGGGGGUAGUUUUAUUUGCUAUGACUUUUGGACGACUACCUUACGAUGACUCCAGUUAUAAAGAGUUAAUAAAGCAAGUAUCCAGCAAAGUCGUGUUUCCAAAAGAACCAUCAGUAUCAAUGAAUUGCAAGUCUCUGAUCAAUAAAAUUCUGGCUCCAUUAAAAACUAGGAUUCGUAUAGGCCAAAUUAAACAAGAGCCGUGGUUUACUUUUGAAGACGAUCAAGCUGCAGGAACUAGUAGGGAACGAAGAAUCAGUUCAGAAUCUGAAGACGAAAGAAGAUUAUCAGUGGAUCCGGAAACUUUACCACCACCCAAUUUAAUAACCAAAGAACAAUUAGAAGCUAAGGCACAACCGCGCGAUCGUAGCAGAAGAGACAGUGCAGAAGACGAACAACCAGUCAAAAUCGAAAAUCCACACUAACACAAAAGGAAAUAAAAUUGUGUAAUUGGUCUAACAAUAAGUAUGUCUGUAAUACAAAAGUCAAAAUGAAACAAUGCAUGCAUAAAAAAGUAUGAAAUAAAUGUAUUAUUAAGUACUUAAGUUAAAUAUAGUCAGUGGGAUAAGGAGGCGGUAGUUCAUACGUUGCAAUAGCUGAAGCUCGGGAUAGUGUAGAAUACAAUGGCGGGGCUAGAUUCUUGUAUGAUUGUUUUACAGUUACUAAGUUUUCUUGGUUCUCUAUGUCUCGUAUAUCGUCAAUUACUGAAACAAAUAUAAUAUCAGGAUAGAUUUUUUUUUUUAAAUUACAGUGUCUCACCUGUAAUGUCUCCUUCUUCUCCGAUAAUCACUAUUCGUGAGAUUCUAUUAGACAUCAAGCAUUUUUCACUUACUAAAUAAUUAAUAAUUAAAAUUAAAAAAACAGUUUAUUCAAAAUUUUGAACUUACUCAUUUGACACAGCUUAACACUACCAAGUAUGAGUAGCACAAAGCACAAUAGGGAAAGUAAUACCCAAAACACUUUUUCCUCGAAUAAAUUAAUCAUUGACAUAAUACCGGAAAAAUUUUUUGUUACUAAACGAAAAAUUGCCGCGAUCUCAAUCAAAC